AUGGAUCUCCUCCUCCUCCUCGCGUUGACGGUGGCGGCAGCCUCCCUCAUCCUCCUCCUUCCCAGGAUCUUCUCUCGCUCUUCCUCUUCCUCUCUCCCUUUGCCUCCUGGCCCGCGGGGAUGGCCGGUGGUGGGGAACCUCCCCCAGCUCGGGGCGAAGCCCCACCAGACCCUCGCCGGCAUGGCGAAGGUCUACGGCCCCAUCUUCCACCUCCGGCUGGGAUCCGUGCCGGUGGUCGUCGCCGCCUCGCCGGCCGCCGCGUCGCUGUUCUUGAAGACCCACGACGCCAACUUCUCCAACCGGCCCCCCAACACGGGAUCGAAUUACAUGGCCUACGACCGGCAGGACCUCGUGUGGGCGCCCUACGGCCCGCUGUGGCGGAUGCUGAGGAGGAUAUGCUCCAACCAUCUAUUCUCCCCCAAGGCCCUCGACGAUUCCGCGCUGCUGCGGCACGAGGAGGUGGCACAGCUGGCGAGGUCGCUGGUGGCGGCGGCGGCGCGUGGCGGCGAGGAGGACGGCGUGCGGCUGGACGACCACCUGACCGUCUGCACAGCCAACAUCCUGACGCGGGCCAUGCUGGGGCGGCGGCUCUUCGCCCUCGAGGGCGGGGACAGUGUGCAGGAGGAGGCGGUGCAGUUCAGGGAGAUGACGGUGGAGCUGAGCCAUCUAGCGGGGGUGUUCAUGGUGGGGGACUUCGUCCCUGCCCUGCGGUGGAUGGACUCGAAGGAAGUCGUGCGGAGGAUGAAGCGCCUGGGCGAUAGGUACGAUGUGUUCUUGGACAAAAUCAUCGCCGAUCACCUGUCGUCGGACAAGGAGGCCGAACAGGACAUGCUCCGGUUGCUGAUGGGGCUCAAGGACCGCGCCGGCGCCGGAGAGGGAGUGCAGCUCACCGACAUCAACAUCAAGGCUCUCCUCCUGGUAAAAACACCCCACAGAGUACUUAAUCAUCAAUUGAUCAUCUUUUUCGCUGUGAUCCGCCCCCUAACCUAACAUCCAUCUCGCAGGACUUGUUCAACGCCGGCACCGACACCUCCUCCAGCACGCUGGAGUGGAUGCUGGCCGAGCUCGUCCGCCACCCGGACAUCCUCGCGGCGACGCAGCGGGAGCUCGACGCGGCGGCGGGAACCGGCAGGCUUGUCACCGAGAAGGACCUCUCCAAGACCCCCCUUCUGCAGGCCAUCGUUAAGGAGACACUCCGUCUCCACCCGCCGACGCCGCUCUCCUUACCGCACCUAGCCGCCGACGCCUGCGAAGUCGCCGGCUACCACGUCCCCAAGGGCGCCACCCUCCUCGUGAACGUGUGGGCCAUCAGCCGGGACCCCGCCGUGUGGGGAGACCCGCUCGAGUUCCGGCCCUCCCGGUUCCUCCCCGGCGGCGAGCAUGCCCACAUCGACGUCAGGGGGAACAACUUCGAGGUCAUCCCCUUCGGCGCCGGCAGGAGGAUCUGCGCCGGCAUUAGCCUGGCCAUGAGGGUCAUCCAGUUCACCGCUGCCACGCUGGUGCAUGGCUUCGACUGGGCCAUGCCGGGGGGCCAGUCCCCCGAGAAGCUGGACAUGGAAGAGGCAUAUGGGCUGACCCUGCAGAGGGCGGUGCCCCUCAAGCUCUGCCCGAUUCCCAGGCUCCCCCUCCACGUCUAUGGUGCGGCUUCUUAG